AUGCCGACUAUGCUUGGUCUCACCAACGACCGCUCUACCAACGGCCUUAAUGCCAAUGAGAGCAAAUUUGGAGGUCCCUCUAGCCAACGGGGAAUGGAACUCACCCCUCGUCAACAAAACGGCAGCAUCGUUUCUGGUAUCGAAGGAUCCGACUUCUUCAACGGAGGCGGCAAGCAGCAGGAGCACGACCCGGAUGAGGAAUCAGACGAGGAGAACCUCAAGACAAUCAAGGGCCGCAACCUCUCCGCCGUGAAGGAGAUGGAGACUCUCCUCUGGCGCGCGCUGUGCGACAAGCCCAAGACGGCCCUCAAGUACAUCGCCAAGGACGCCGUCAUGUCCAACCGCUUCCUCUUUGGCGACCCCAAGCCUCGUACCGCCGACUCUGACCCUACUCUGGAAGAGGAGGUCAAGCACUGCGAAGAGUGGCUCGCCUACAAGAUGCACGACCCUCAGCCCGUCGAGAUUGGUCUCAUGGCUGCCGCUAUUGGAUACAAGGUCACGCUAUUCCGUCAGCUCGACCAAGGAGACGGAAACUUUGGCAUGCAAACUGUCCAGGCCACCUGCUCUAGCUCCUGGAGGCAGCUUGCCAGCGGAGACUGGGAGCUUACCAGUAUGUUUGCCGGUUAA